AUGGAGGCUGAAUUACCACGUGCAAGUCAAACGUCUACGUUGUCUGGCGCAGGUGUGAAGCGAAUAUUCAAGAGCGUUGGAGAGGUAUUCUCCAAGAUGGCUUUUCAUAUGGAAGAAGGUGACCGCUGGUUUGAACAAACACAGUCACAUGUGGACGAAUUGGAUGAGUCAUUGAGAAGACUCUUGCAUCUAUCGGAAUCCCUCACAGCCACUCGUAAAGAACUGGGAGUCGCACAGGAAAGCAUGAGCAAGGGUUUGUCAAUGCUGGCUUCGUGUGAAGAAUCUACCGCGUUGGCUCGAGCACUUUCGCAUCUUACAGAAACUGAAGAAAACGCUGCAGCACUAUGGACUAAAGCAGUCCGAGAUGGAUGCAAUCAGGUAACAGCCCUUCGACUACAGUUCACCGAAUGUCUGAGUGAAUAUGUCGGAUUGGUCGGCUCAGUGAAGGAGUUGUUCGCUGAACGUGUACGAGUAUGGCAGACGUGGCAAACAGCACAGCAAAAUCUUGCGAGGAAACGAGAGCAAAAAGCACGAUUAGAAUUGUCCGGUAAAAACGACAGAGCAACGGCGCUAAGGGAUGAAAUGGACGAGGCAGUUCGCCGUAUGGAUCAGCUAGAAGCAGAGUUUGGGGAAAUAAGUAAGCUGAUCCGAGAAGAGAUUGGACGUUUCGAAGUUCAACGUCGGCACGAUAUGCGUCAAAUGUUCAUUGAAUACCUUGAGUCACUUGUGCAAACCCACACCGAGAUGCUGGAUGUUUGGGAUAAGUUCGAACCGGAGACUCGUUCGAUCACGGCAUGA